UUAGUAAAGAUGGCGGACAGAAGAGAUGAAGAGUGGAUGGAGCAUGCAUUGAAUUUGGCAAAAGAGGCCCUGAAAAAAGGCGAAGUCCCUGUGGGGUGUGUUGUGGUCUACAUGAACCAUGUGAUUGGUACAGGAAGAAAUGAAGUAAAUGAGACAAAGAACGCAACAAGACAUGCAGAACUAGUUGCUAUUGAUCAAGUCAAGCUAUGGUCAGAGAACCGAGGUCUUUGUUUUGAAGAUGUUGUGAGAAACUGCCACCUCUAUGUUACAGUAGAGCCGUGUAUCAUGUGUGCAUCAGCACUGAGAUACGUGCAUGUUUCUAAAGUUGUCUUUGGGUGUGCAAACGAACGAUUUGGAGGCUGUGGUUCUAUUUUAAACGUUCAUACAGACGAUUAUACAACUGAAACAUCUAAAUGUGUUUCUCAGGACGCAUCUUCAAAUGCUGUUCAAAAUACGUUAGGGUGUGUCAUGGAAAAAAAGCCUGUUGCUGCAGCGUCCUCGGACUUGUUGAAGAAUUUCUCUGAAGCGGACGAUAAUUUUCCAUAUUGUGCCUCGCGCCAGACAUUAAGUGGCAUUUCUUUAGAUGGCUCCAUUCGGAAAAUUUCGCCAACCGCAACUGGAGAUUCAACAGGUUAUUUCAAAGGGCAGCUUUGUUUAUGCGCGCCUGUAAACUGUGAGAAAUGCGGUCGAGCCCUGUCAAAGUUAUGUGACGAUAAAUGCACCCAUUCCAGCGCUGUAGGGAAACCAUUUGAGUGUGUAUCUGGUAUUUUAGCCAGUAUAGCCGUUGCUUUGUUAAAAGAGUUCUACAAAGGAGAAAAUCCGAAUGCACCAUUUCCGAAAGUCAAAACAAAGCGACAAAAGUGAGAAGUGAGCUUAUGUUCCUAAGUAUUCUGUGGGAUGACUUCUUUCUUUCAUUACUAUGAUAAAGUUAAAAAAAAUUCAACGCAUGAAGUUUUAGUCGCUUGAAAUACGUAUGUUCAGUUUUGACUCUUGGCUAACUCGUUCAGCAUCGUUUCUGAUGUUCUGCAAGCGUCAAAAAUUUGACGAUAUAAAAUUCUGGUUUUAUAUCGUAUCUUCGCUUUAGUCUCACGCACGUUGCCCUUCAACACACGUGUUAAUGUUUGUACAAUCAGAUAUUCGUUUAAUUUAGUCGGAAGGAGCUUCAAACAAAUGUCAACGCAUUUUUUAAGAGAUCUCUCAAAUUUAGAUAAUUAUCGUCAAAAGCUGAGCACUCACGACAUAAAUAUUUAAUCCACCUUUUGUUCAAAGCGGUGGAAACAAAGAUGGAUGUUAAAAUGAUUAGUUCUGGUCGGAGCCAAAGUCUUUUUUCACACCUGGGUUGAAAUUUCAAAGGAUGUUUUUACCAGCUAAGGCUGUUUGAAAAAGAGGGCAUGCUUGAUAUGUUGGGUUUUUUGUUUUGUUUUUUUUUUUAAAUCCGCUGAGGAUAAAAUACAUUCUGCGAUUUAAGAAAUGACUGGUUUCUCAUUGUAAAAUUGUAAGUAGGCCGAAACAUCGCGAUUUUCUGAUGAUGAAUGUAAAGGAAGACCGAUGAAAAG